AUGCCGGAAAUGCAACAGCAACGACAUCUACUACUGCCGUCGACAACACCCGCCGCCGUCGACCUGGAAGACCAGGAAUACGAUCCUCACCUUCCCGAAUCAAUACCCCCGUGGGUUCAUGUGAAUGAUGGCGAGGAGCAAGCGCCGCUCUUUCUGCCACCCGCGCCUGUGGUCCCCAACUCGCGCCACUACAAGCCGCCGUCGUCCAAUCUCAAGCCUGGGAAGAGGUUGGACCAAUAUCGCUCUGCGGAACCCGGCCUGCUAUCUGCGCCCAUAGAGCAACACCAAGCACGAUGGAUACCCUUUAUGCAAUCUUCGCCGGCUUUGCAUGAGCAGCGCGAAGUGCGCAUCAUCCGAAGUCCGCAGUGGAUGGAACAGAAUGUGCCUAUAUCCAGCCGAGUAUGGGAACCAGAAGACGAGAUCAGUCCCGAGGGGACUAGGAGGUUGGGAGGUCUCAAGGGCAUCAUGCUGGGAGGGAAAUGGGAACUUUCUGCGAUCGAAAGACUGACGGUUCCACAGAGACUUCUCUUGAAAAACGCAUUUGUCCCUCUGGUAUUCCGACUGACCGUGUUGGCAUUCUCGUGUGCUGCUCUCGGCGUAUCAUCAACCAUUCUCCAGUCUGUACACGCAGUCAACACCGAUCCAAGUCCCAGCAAUCAGUGCGCGCCACGAGCUUCUACUUAUAUGGGCAUAAUCGUCAGCGCCAUUGCCAUUCCUUACGUGGGCUAUGUUACUUGGGACGAAUAUUUAAGCAAACCACUCGGCCUGCGAUCUGUCGCCGCAAAGACGAUGCUUCUCCUCUGCGAUCUAUACUUCAUCGUUUUCUCCGCCAGUAAUCUCUCUCUGGCAUUUAGUGCGCUGCUAGACGAAAGUUGGGCCUGUUUCGUUGAAGGAUAUCAAGAGGUGGGCGACAUCUACCUCCAGAUACCACGCACAUGUCCAAACAACCCCAACAUUUGCCGCAAGCAAAGAGCUCUUUCCGGCGUACUGAUAAUAUCACUCGUUGCAUGGCUGCUUUGUUUUAGCAUAAGUGUCUUGAGGGUUGUGGAAAAGCUGCGACUGGAGUAUUAG